GCCCCGACCGCCCCAGCGCCGAGGGGGAGACGGUCCCAAGAUGGCGGCGCUGCAGGCGGAGCGCGGGUACGGGUUGUCCUGCGGGCGGCUCGGCCGGGGCACCCGCGUCUCCGUCUUCCACGUCAAGCUGACGGACAGCGCGGUGCGGGCCUUCGAGGGCUACCAGGGCAGCAAGGACUCUGUUGCAUUGAGACCAACAAUCCAAUUUCAAGGAAACCAAGGGCACAUCACUAUUCCCAGGCCCGAUUGCCAAACGGAAGUGCGAACUUUCAUGUUUUAUCUUUCAAAUAUUGGCAGGGACAGCCCCCAGGGGAGUUUUGACUGUAUACAGCAGUAUGUAUCCAGCAAUGGUAAUAUCCAUCUGGAUUGUCUUGGAAGCAUACAGGAUAAAAUCACUGUGUGUGCUACUGAUGAUUCCUACCAGAAGGCAAGGCAGAGCAUGGCACAAGCUGAGGAGGAAACGCGCAGCCGAAGUGCAAUAGUUAUUAAACCCGGCGGGAGAUAUGUAGGUAAAAAGGUUCAGUUUCGUAAGCCUGCACCAGGAGCUUCCGAUGCUGUUCCCGCUAGGAAACGGCCAACACCAGUCAACCUCGCUAGUGCAAUAAAGAGAGGCAAUAGUGCAAUUUCUCAGAGACCCUUCAAAGAUAGAGUUGUGCACUUAUUGGCACUAAAGCCUUAUAAGAAACCUGAACUUAUUCUCAGAUUGCAAAAGGAUGGACUUUCUCAGCAGGACAAGGAUUUGCUGGACAGCCUCUUGCAACAGGUGGCAAAUCUGAGUGCCAAGGACAGCACUUAUACAUUGAAAGAUUGUAUGUACAAAGAUGUACAGAAAGAUUGGCCUGGCUACUCGGAAGGAGAUCAGCAGUUACUGAAGAGGAUACUUGUUCGGAAACUCUGUCAGCCCCAGAAUGUUAGCAGUUUUGUGGGAGACACUCCUUCCUUGAGUCCCCCAAAAGACAACGUGAACUCCUCUUCCCCUCCUCAGAAACGAUCCCAGCCUCUGGAAUUCAUUGAUCCACUAGCCAACAAAAAGCCUAGGAUAUCUCACUUGGCCCAUAGAACUCAGCCCACUUUUAAUGGGAAACUGAACUCCUCGAACGGGAAAGAUGCACCUGCUCCUGCCGUGCAGUCGGCUGUGGCCGAUUCUGUCAGCUCCGGCUCUCACUUACCAGUUCUGGAGCUUCCAAGGCCUCAUGACCCCCUUUCUGAUGUCAGCAGUGACCUAAGUCACAAUGGCAGAGACUGUGAGAACCCAGAGGCAACUGACAGAUUGACUAAUACUUUGUCAACAGACUGUCCCCAAACGAGCAAACACAACUGUAGCUCACUGUAUGUGAAAACAAAGAAAAAAUCCAAAAAGCACAAAGAAAAAGAGAGAAAAGAGAAAAGUGAAGAAAAAUGCAAAGAGGAGAAGCAGGACUGUGAACUAAUCAAGAAAGGUGGCUUAAAAACGAAUACCUCCAAGGGUGUCGCAGGUUUAAAUGGAACGUGCAAUAAUUCUAGUGUACCAACAUCAACUUCGGAAAUGCCAGAUUAUUUAUUAAAAUAUGCAUCCAUUUCCUCUUUGGAGCAGCGUCAGAGUUAUAAGAAUGACUUCAAUGCGGAGUACAAUGAGUACAGAGACUUGCACGCCCGGAUAGAGAGAAUAACUCGACGGUUCACCCAGUUAGAUUCCCAGCUGAAGCAGCUUUCGCAAGGCUCUGAAGAAUAUAAGACGAUCCAUGAUCAAAUUUUACAGGAAUAUCGUAAAAUCAAAAAGACAAACCCUAAUUACAGCCAAGAAAAAAAUCGCUGUGAAUACCUCCACAACAAACUGGCUCAUAUAAAAAAACUGAUAGCAGAGUAUGACCAACAGCAGUUUUAGUCUUGGCACUAAUAUCUGGACUGGGUAGUGCAAAAAAGAUUCACUUGGAUGUUACAGUUUCCUUUUAUACAACAAAAAAAAGUAAAUUCCUUUCAGAGCCAAGCACGAAGUCCUCGUGGUUGGAAGAACUUGGAGAUGAUGAUGACGCGGAGUCUGUCACGCUAGUGUCUGAGCCAAGUAGUGAAACCAGUGCCUGGCGUAGUCCUCUCCAGUUUUACCCUCUCUGAAUGUUGGAAAGGAAAAUAAAGGAAAAUCUGCUUCUUUGAAGCCAGCUUUUGACACUUAAGGGAAAACUCACCUAAAGUGCAUAAAACUCCCAAAGGUAAAGAAUCCAUUGUUUUCACGGAUAAAGUUUGGAAUGAAGUUUAGUUAUCGCUGGCCCAGCCCUUGCCAUGUUGCAUAUUCUGUUCUGCAGAUGGCGAGGAACUGGAAUGCUGCUAAGUUACCUCCUUCUCUGGCACGUGCGAUGUUCAUAUGCAAGCUGUCUGCGCUACAGGGCACCAUGUUAAAUACUCCAUUUCCCAGAGCUCUCGCUGUUUGUUCCUGUUUGUCAUCUUCUCCAGUUUGUGCUCUCCUUGAGGUGGCUGUGUCAGCAGGAGAGAAACUGCCCAGGAAUCUGCACCGAAUGCUUUGUCCGAUGCAGACUUUUGGAUUCUUCAUAUAUGAAAUCUCUUAUCCAGCUUGUGCAUUUGGAAGCAAUCAGCGUAAACUUUGCCAUGGCUCCUCCCGUGUGCACAAUUCAGUCAGCCUGCAUUAUACUUCAUAUACCAAGGCCAGGGAGACUGAGACCUGUCUGUCUUUGACUUUUAUAGUUUUAUACCAAGACAGCCAAUUUUAUUAAUUGCUAAUGAGACUGUGGUCUAUUUUUCUAUAUAUAUAUAUAUAUAUGUGUGUGUGUAUAUAUAUAUAUAUAUAUAUACAAAGAAGCAUCUUUUCUAAAACUGUGCCUCCCUUUUCCUUUUAGGCCAAGUGUUUCAGAACCUUCCCUGUCUUAUAACUGCAGUAUUACUAAUGCUCAUUGGAUAAUUACCCAGAGAAGUUAUUUUGUUGUUUGUAAUGGGAUAAAAAAGGAUUUGGUGGGGUGGGGGAGGGCGAUGCUUUCUUGUUCUGUGUUCUGCACAUUUCCAAAGAAGCAGCAGCAGAGAAUCAAACGCUCAGAACAGGAACCGGAAGAGAAAUUUGAGAGAAGUAAGGUAGCAUGUCCAGUGCGGGUCACUUACACUCUUGUGCUUUGUCCAACCCUUUCCUCUGGAUUUUUGGACUUGAAGGGAAUACUUUAGAACAUGGCCGAGGCGUGAGGAACUCAGCAAAAAGCACAAAGGUGCCCUUUAGCUCUGUGGUUUUUACCUUUUAAUCCUGCCAGCCUGUGUGAUUUUACUCACUCCCGCUUCCAUUUUAUCUUCCAAACAGCAGUGGUUUUAUUUUGUUCCCAGUAGUGGCUCCUUGCAUCAGGAGAAUGUGAUCCUCUUUGAGAGAGUAAAAUGGCAGAGUCAGAUCAUCAGGAAUGAGGAGGGGGGACUAGUUCUUCUCGGACUAGGUUCUGGUUUGUGUUUUGCUGCCCAAGAAAAUGUGCGUCCAUCUGAAAUAAUUCCAUUCUAGCUGGACUCUAUUGCUGCUAGUUUAAUAGGCUUGUGCUCCAAAACCUCUCACCAUUUAUCGUCUUAAAAGGCCCUUGUUCAAGGUGUAGAUAGUUUUAAAGUGUCAGAGUUUCUCUUUCCUGCCUAGUCCUCCAACACCAGUGGGAUCACUGAUGCUACCCUAGUUUGCUCCGGCAGGGAUCUGACUUAGUGCUAAUGGGAGCCAUUUGCAUAUACCGCUAUGUCAGGUCUGGUACAGGGGUUCUGCAGCUAUGAUCCAUGACUAGCCAGUGGCCAGUUACAAUUUGCAGACUAGCAGUAAAGGGUUAGUAAGAAGCUGGGAGGGCAAGGAGGCUCUCACAGAGGUCUGCAGAAUGACUUGGUGGAAGAACCCAGUGUUUGUGGGAGUGAAGUCCUACAAACAGCUGAAGUUUUAAGGAAAAUGUUGGUGUCUGCUUCCCCUACCCAGAGAGCAGACUAACGCUCCAUGGGGGAGGAGAGCAGGGGAAGGUUAUUCUUGUCUCGUGGACAUAAGUAGCAAUCUUCAGAACAUCUCAUGCCCCAUUGGGGCUUCCAGUGGAUAGGGAAAGCUAAAAAAUAUGGAUGAUUUAAAGUGAAAAGCUUUUGUCAAAUGAGUUUUCUCUUGAUGUUACAUGCAUAAGUUCCCCCUCACCCCCAACAGCAAGUGGUGGUUUCAUGAGAAUAUCAGAAACAAAGGACGUCCAUUUUUCCUUGUGAGAGCUCAAAUCCUGCUAAAAACAUAGGCGAUCUGAAACAGCUUUGAUCCGACAGACUUUCUGUGGCUGAGAGUCGCAUCAAGAUCUAUUUUAUUAGAGCAUCAGUGAUCUGUUUUGUUCCAGCUGUGGUUAAUGUGGGGGGUUACGUUGCUCUGCUAUUGGGCUCCCUUUUCACCUUGUUUGUGUACUUCUUAUUGUGGUCAGCAGAGAUCUCCGGGCAUGUUGUGAGGAUUCACAAUGCAAGGCCCGAAAAGCAAGUGAGUAUUGCUGUAGGCAGCUUUGCUAGCCGGCAGUUGUGGGAAUCCAGCAUUUUCUGGUGGCAGCUUAAAUCUGUGUAAAGCCUCUGCCAGAAGGCCGCAUCAUGACGAUGCAAGCAGUUGGGCUUUAAAGAGUUUUUUCGUCAGUGGCUUUCAGAUUGGUGGUCUAAUCUGUAGCACAAACUACAUUUAUCAGCCAACGUGUUUUUUAGCAAAAGAAACGCAAAGUAUGCUUCCUCUUGAAAACGCAAGGAACCACAAAACUCCAAAUGGCAGAAAAGGGCAUCAGUUAUGAACCAAGAUAAAUAAAUUCUUCCAUGGAAACACGUCUCAUUCUGAUCCUUAAUAUUUUGAAAGGGUUUUUUGGAUUUUUUUUUUUUGAGAAGUAGAGAUGGAUCUCAGUCUUUAUACAUCUGCUAUAAAAUAUUUUUGCAAACAGUUGUAUACAAAGAUGUAUUAUGUACAUUUACAUGUAUAUUCUGGAACUUCUAGAAUUGGAAUAUAAAGCUGAAAAAAUAUUUAAUGACUAUCCAAACUGUGAGACCCAAUUAGCUUAACAACUUUCUGCUUCACUUUUCUUUUGGUCUGUGUUAUGUAGUCAAAUCUGCCUUUUUUUUUUUUCCUUCUCUUUUUUCUUUUCUUUUUAGAGAGUAUGAAGCUAGGCAAAUCUUGUGCUUUUUGGGUUAAUAGAAACCAGUUCUAGAUGAUUAAGUAUGAUCUAACUUAUUGAUACUGUGUUUUACUUUGUAAUAUUGUACUGUGGAUAAAACUCUAUUGAGCCAUGGAGUUGGAGUUUACAAAGAGCUUUUCACUUUGCCAAAAUGUUACGAUUUAAAGGCAGCGUACUCUUCAGCUUUCCUAAUCUUUUCUUAAAGAGCUAGUGUCUUUUUGUACACUAAAAAGCUGAAUGCUGAUUUUGCAACAUAUAAUAAAUUCACUGUAUUGGAAAACAA